AUGGCGGUGUCUUCUCUGUUUCACCCUUCAUUCUCAACCCUCGUUUUUAACUCCAAACCCACUCACCUAACUUCCAACAGAAACAAUAACCGCUCUCUCUUCAUCGCCGCUUCAUCACUCGAUCCAACUCCUAUCACCGCCGCAAACAACAACAACCACUCUCCACCACCUUCCGCCGCCGACAACAUCAAAGAUAAAGCUCGCCGUCACGUUUCCACUACCAACAACUUCACCGCCAAAUACGUCCCCUUCAAUGCUACUUUCGAUUCCCCUGAAUCCUACUCCCUCGACGAAAUCGUCUACCGUAGUAAAUCCGGUGGACUCCUCGACGUCCAUCACGACAUGGAAGCACUCGCAAAAUUCGAUGGCGCGUACUGGCGCAAUCUCUUUGACUCGCGCGUCGGUAAAACCACGUGGCCUUAUGGUUCAGGUGUAUGGAGUAAAAAAGAGUGGGUCCUACCUGAGAUUCACCCCGACGAUAUUGUUAGCGCUUUCGAAGGCAAUUCUAAUCUUUUUUGGGCUGAACGUUUUGGCAAACAGUUUGUUGGCAUGAACGAUCUUUGGGUUAAACACUGUGGUAUAAGCCAUACCGGUAGUUUCAAAGAUCUAGGAAUGACGGUUCUUGUUAGUCAGGUUAACCGUCUCCGAAAAAUGAACCGUCCGUUAGUUGGUGUCGGUUGUGCUUCUACCGGUGAUACGUCAGCAGCACUUUCUGCUUAUUGCGCUUCCGCCGGAAUUCCUUCCAUUGUUUUCCUCCCGGCGAACAAAAUCUCGACAGCACAAUUGAUUCAACCGGUUUCCAACGGUGCUUUGGUUCUCAGCCUCGACACCGAUUUUGACGGUUGUAUGAAGCUUAUUAGAGAAAUAACUUCCGAAUUACCGAUUUAUUUGGCGAAUUCGUUGAACAGUUUGAGAAUUGAAGGACAGAAAACCGCUGCUAUUGAGAUUUUGCAGCAGUUUGAUUGGCAGGUACCUGAUUGGGUGAUUAUUCCUGGUGGAAAUUUAGGGAACAUUUAUGCAUUUUACAAAGGUUUCAAAAUGUGUAAAGAUUUAGGUCUUGUUGAUAAAAUUCCAAGGCUUGUUUGUGCUCAAGCUGCAAAUGCAAAUCCAUUGUAUUUACAUUAUAAAAAUGGGUUUAAAGAUUUUCAAGCAAUUAAAGCUGAAACAACAUUUGCUUCAGCUAUUCAAAUUGGUGACCCUGUUUCGAUUGAUAGGGCAGUGCUUGCUUUGAAGAAUUGUAAUGGAAUAGUUGAGGAAGCUACUGAGGAGGAAUUGAUGGAUGCAAUGUCACUUGCUGACUCAACUGGGAUGUUUACUUGUCCUCAUACUGGCGUGGCUUUAACGGCUUUGAUUAAGCUUAGGAAUUCUGGGGUUAUUGGAAGUAGUGAUAGGGUUGUGGUUGUAAGUACUGCACAUGGGUUGAAAUUUGCACAGAGUAAGAUUGAUUAUCAUUCUGGAACUAUUCCUGGUAUGGGUAGGUAUGCUAAUCCACCUGUUUCUGUUAAGGCUGAUUUUGGAUCUGUUAUGGAUGUCUUGAAGGAUUUUCUGUUGAGUAAGACCCCAAAGUAG